UGAAGCAGCUUCAGCAGCAAAACCAAAAACAAUUUCAACCAAAGCGGCUACAACAGCAUCAAGACGGGUUCCAAUAAUUCAACAACAAGUCAGCCAGAGCUCAACAAGAGCUCUACAGCACCACCACCUCAGCAACAAGAACCCAAACCCAGCUCCAGCAACGAGAGCAAGAUGCAACGUCUUCGCACGACCUUCACGCGUUCGCGGACGCCCACCGGUGCCGAAAUGAAAAUGCAGAACAGCCUCGAGGUGCCCAAACAGGUGCGUUCCGCCUCCUUUGACGAGAUGCAACUGGAGGCGCAGCGCACGUCCUCGAACCGACUGAGGCAGCGUGCCUCUUCGUCGGCGGAGGGGCGUGCCUUGGAGGUGGAUCGUCUGCAGGUGCCGGCCGGGCAUGGCCGCUCGCGCAGCUUCGAUUCGGCUGUCAUCGAUCCGACAAGCGAGGAUUCCGGGGCUUUCCUGGAUGUGCCGCGUCGCAACAAGAUUCCGCGACGCAGCAGCUCGUCGAGCCCGAAGACCCCGCCGCCGUGCUUCCAUUGCCAAUUGGUGAGGCAGUACGAGCGCCAGAUGACAGCGGAGCAGCGCUUCUUCAUCGAUCAUCGAGAGCUGACCGCUCUCAGCUUCUACAGCGAUGAUGACGAUGACGACGACGAGGAGGAAGGCGCAGUGGGCGGUGAAGGCCUGUGCGAAGACAUGCAGGGUGCCUGCGGCGGACGGCCGCUGCCCGAUGUGAACAACGAGGCAGUGGCCCGGGCGCAGGCCAUUCUGGCAUCAACUUUCGAGAACGAUCCUAGCACCGAUUGCGAGGACGAUGCCGUCGAUAUGGACCUGGGAUUAAUCCACCUGAGCAUCGAGCAGUCACGGGCCCGCAUUCCGCGGCAGAUGCGGCGCCACACCAUCGACAGCUCUGUAGGCAACUCUGAGGAUGAGGGCGUCGACGGAUCCGGCCCCAACUCCAAUAAUUCGCCGUACUUCGGCAACACCCUGAUGCCACCCAGGCCCUGCGGCAUCACCUUCACCCUGUCACCCACCAACGGCGACUGUCCGUUCCUCCCGACCUUCGCUUUUCCCAUUGAUCCCAACUCUCCGCCAGGCUCGCCCUCGCCCACCCAGUCACCAUCGCCAUCGCCGUCACCAUCCCCGUCGCCCACACCUUCGGUGGUGCUGGCUGUUCCACCGCCCGCGUUGGAGCUUCCGUCCUGCUCCACUGGUAACGGCAGCGGACAGCAGCUGUUGGGAUCGACCGCCGCGGUGGCCGCCGCCGCCCUCACUCUACCGGCGAUUGCCUCCUCGCAGGCAGCUGCAGCCAUGGCCACCGGAGCGGUCUGCACCCUGGCGGAUGCGGACGAUGCUGCUGCCGCUUUGGGGGCAAUGGGACUGCCGGUUAGACCCAGGCGCCGGUCCAUCUCGCGGCAGGAGGCCAUCUUUGUGGAGCCCACCGGCAGUUCGCUGGAGAAUGUCUCGAUGUCGAUUGAAAAGGCGGACUCCAUUGAUGCCGCCUCCACCAGGGCCAACUGCGGUUCACCCACGGGCAUGUUUGCCGUGGCCCAUCGCACGGGAUUUGUGGUGCAGGAUAUCUACUUGACCGUGCCGGAUCUGCGACGAGAUCGUGCCGCCUCCGUGGACUCAUGCUUCUCGAAGCUCUCAUCAGGCAACAAAACCGAGGAGCUACAGCCCACCGUGGAUGGCUGCUACCUGACCGUACCGGUGAUCAACACCACUCGAUCCCGAUCGGUGGACAUUGUUCUGCCCACCGAUGAGCAGGCUCGCUACAAGGCCCUGGCCAUGACUGGCAACGAACCAGGAACCUACGGCAGGCGUACCGCUACAGGAAGCAGUGCCCGUAGGCCCAUACGCAUUGUACCCGAUUGGACAGAGAAUGCGAUUAAUGGCGAGCACUACUGGAAGACCUCGUCGGCGUCUGGCGAUCUCUGUUGCCUCAACGAGGAGUGCAUUGUAAGUGCGAAGAGCGGCCAACGUUUGAAGUGCUCCGCCUGUCAGCUGGUGGCCCACCUCAAUUGCAUACCGUAUGUGAACGAGAAGCCGACGCUGCUGUGCAAGCCGACGUACCGGGAUGUGGGCAUCAGGCAGUACCGGGAGCAGACGACCACCCACCAUCAUUGGGUGCACCGCAAGAUGGAGAAGGGGAAGUGCAAGCAGUGUGGCAAGAAUAUUAUGUUUGAAUCCAUACCGCAGGCGGUUCAGAGCAAGCUGUUUGGCUCGAAAGAAAUUGUAGCUUUGUCCUGUGCCUGGUGCCAUGAGAUCUAUCACAACAAGGACACGUGCUUCAACCAGGAGAAAAUUGGCGAAGAGUGUCGUCUCGGCAACUAUGCGCCGAUUAUUGUGCCACCAUCGUGGAUUGUCAAGCUGCCGAACAAGGGCAACUUCAAGUCAUCCAUUCGGGUGAGCAAUAAGAACAGUGCCACCGGCUCCUCCGCUGCUGGAGCCGGCGGUGGCACUGCAGCUGGCGCACCCGGCGGCCCUGGUGGACCUGGCGGACCCGGCGGCCCUGGUGGCUUUGGUGGCAAAGGCAAGAAGCAGACUACGCGCCGGCAGAGGGGCAAGGACGAGAAGAAGGGAGAACCGCGCGCAUUCAUCGUGAAGCCCAUUCCAUCGCCGGAGGUAAUACCGGUCAUUGUCUUUAUUAAUCCCAAGUCCGGUGGCAAUCAGGGCGUCAAGCUGCUCGGCAAGUUCCAGCACCUCCUCAAUCCACGCCAGGUGUUCGAUCUGACCCAGGGUGGUCCCAAAAUGGGUCUGGAAAUGUUUCGCAAGGCACCGAAUCUUCGGGUUUUGGCCUGCGGCGGCGAUGGCACCGUCGGCUGGGUGUUGUCCGUCCUCGAUCAGAUCCAUCCACCAUUGUCACCGUGCCCGGCCGUCGGUGUGCUGCCAUUGGGGACGGGCAACGAUCUCGCACGCGCUCUUGGAUGGGGCGGGUAUUUCUCCUGUCAGGGCUACACGGACGAACCGGUUGGCAAAAUCCUGCGCGAGAUCGGCAUGUCGCAGUGCGUCCUCAUGGAUCGCUGGCGCGUCAAGGUCUCGCCCAACGAUGACGUCUGCGACGAUCACAUGGACCGCAGCAAGGCGAACGUGCCCCUGAACGUGAUCAACAACUACUUCUCGUUCGGUGUGGAUGCCCACAUCGCUCUGGAGUUUCACGAGGCACGCGAGGCCCAUCCGGAGCGGUUCAACUCGCGACUCCGCAACAAGAUGUACUACGGCCAGAUGGGGGGCAAGGAUCUGAUCCUGCGCCAGUACCGCAACCUCUCCCAGUGGGUGACCCUCGAGUGCGAUGGCAACGACUUCACCAGCAAGCUGCGGGAUGCCGGCUGCCAUGCCGUACUCUUCCUGAACAUACCCAGCUAUGGCGGCGGCACACAUCCCUGGAACGAUUCGUUCGGGGCGACGAAGCCCACCAUCGACGACGGCCUGAUGGAGGUGGUGGGUCUGACCACCUACCAGCUGCCGAUGCUGCAGGCGGGCAUGCACGGCACCUGCAUUUGCCAGUGCCGGCAGGCGCGAAUUAUCACGAAGCGCACCAUACCGAUGCAGGUGGAUGGUGAGGCGUGUCGGGUGAAGCCGUCGAUCAUUGAGAUCGAGCUGUUGAAUAAGGCGUUGAUGCUGACCAAGUGCAAGAAUGGACGUGGCGAUGUCCAAGUAAAUCCCCUGGAGAAGCUUCAAUUGAAUAUACUGCGCAUUACGAUGCAGCAGUAUGAGCAAUACCACUACCAAAGGGAGAUGCUCAGUAAGCUGGCGAACAAGCUUGGCCAGAUCGAGAUCGACUCACAAUGCGAUCUGGAUCAUGUCCGAAAUAUGCUCAAUGCCAAAUUCGAAGAGUCCAUCACCUAUCCGAAGGUAUCGCAGGACUGGUGUUUCGUAGACGCCUGCACUGCAGAGCACUACUUCCGCAUCGACAGGGCGCAGGAACACUUACACUACAUCUGUGACAUCGCCAUUGACGACUUACUUAUAUUGGAUCACGAGCUCGCCACCAUGCCCCAAACACCCGAUCAGGAACGCUCAUUUGCCGCAUUCUCGCAGCGCCAGGCGCAGACAGAGCGCAGACAGAUGGAUCAGGCCCAGGGCCAUGCACCAGGCAGCACCGACGAGGAUUUACAAAUUGGCUCCAAGCCCAUCAAAGUGAUGAAGUGGAAGAGCAACAAAGAUCGUUUGUUCAGUUUCAACGAAGAUGUUUUUGGUUACGGAUUCAGCCCUAUACUGGAACAAACUUCCGAUGCCAUACUACUAGCAGCCCAAAGCGGUGAUCUCAAUAUGUUACGUGCACUACAUGAACAAGGAUACUCAUUGCAGUCAGUGAAUAAGAAUGGAGAGACGGCCCUGCACUUUGCUUGCAAAUAUAACCAUAAGGACAUUGUGAAAUAUAUCAUCUCAUGUGCCACAAAACGCGUCAUCAAUAUGCCCGACAAGGACCACGGACAAACUGCUUUACAUAUCGCCGCUGAUACGACUCGCAGGGAGCUCUGCGUGAUGCUGGUGGCCGCUGGGGCAAGUCUGCAGGCACGCAACGCCGAAGGCAAUACCCCCAUGAUGGUGGCCUUCAAUCGGAAUGCCAAUGAGAUAGCCACAUAUUUGGAAAGUAAGAUUGAGGAUGUGGAAACGGUUAAGGAUGACGAUGAGGAUGAGGACGAGAGGGAUAGCCGCACCAUCAUCAUUGUCUGGCCGCCGCCGGCAUCCUCCAUGUAGAGCAACCGCUAGACUGUAUCGGAUAUCCCAAUAGUACCCACAAACAGUAGUUGAAUCACUUGACCACCCGCAUUACCCAGCUUUUAGCGUGUGGCUAAACCAGACUAGACCGACAGAUCAUUCAACACUGAUUUUAACACUGACAAUUUCUCCUUUCUCUGCCAACAAUCAACGUAACCAAAACCAAAACCGAAACCAAAAUCUCACAACUGUGAAACGGAUAUACUCUCAAUCUAUCAUCUCUAUCAUCUCGAUCAACGCUAUGCUACAAUCUACUCAAAUACAAAUACAAAUACAAACAAAAACAUUCCAUCAACGACGCUUCGGACCUGAUCUUGAUCUUGAUCCUGAUCCUGAUCCCGAUCUAAACUGAUCCUCAGGCCAGGAGCGUUUCAUGCAUUUGGAGGUGCAGACCAGAAUCUAAAUGGAAAGGCCGCUCGCUGACACAGAAGACGGAUUCUCUAACGAAAAGGGUUCUCUUUGGGAGGACAUCCAGUAAUUUUAAGCCACACUUUUUUUUUUUUUUAGCAAGUAAUCGCGAACAAUCGCGGAACAAUCGAACAAAUGCAUAUAUUUAUUAUUAACUAAGCAAACAAAAAACAUCAAAAACAAAAACAAAAGCAUUACUUAGCAAACUAUUCAAUAAUUUAUUUAAACAAGAAAAACAAAAACCAACAAACCAAAACCAAACACCACAAGCAAAAUGCAAAUGCAAAAGGUAAAGGUUAAAGGUUAGAGGUAAUGGAACGGCAAGGAAAUCAAAGAAAAGUUACAGAUUUUUUAGGCUAUUUGUUCACUUUGAAUUUAAAAUUAAAACAAAUAAAAAACUUACUUUAUUCUUAAACUAAAUUAAAUUUAAUUAAAUGUAAUAUUUAAAAUGAAAUCAAACAACAAAACUUUGAGAGAGAAAAUUGGCAAAUUCGAAAUUCGAAAUUUUAUUUGUUUUGUCACUUAAGAAAUCGAUUAAUAAUUUUAUAUUAAUUAAUUAAUUAAUGAUUAUAUUGUGAUAUCUAAAUUUAAUUGAAACAAGGAAACGGAGGCAGCUCCACUUUAUUGGUUAGCGAAGAGGAAGGAGAACGUAGAAUGCAAUGAUGGAAUAAUGAUAUUAUUAUUGUAUGUGAAGGCAUUUGCUGUGUAAAUACAAAUUUAUUAUUCAAAUGCAUGCAACUAAAAAAAAAAAAACAAACAAAAAAACACCCACACAAUACAUCACCCCACAAAUAUAUAUUAUAUUCAAAUAUUGAUGUGUAUUCGAAAAUAUAUAAUAUACAAAUAGAUAAUAAUAUUCUUUUGAACAAUUCUACAUAGAAAUUAAGACAAAAGAAACCGCAAUUUUAUGAAUCUCUUGUCCGAGACUCCGCGACACAAGUUGUGGACGGCACAGAGUCGAUGGCAGAAAAAGCAGCAGCAGCAUUAUUGUAGUUUGAGUCUAAAAGAGAGAAGCUCUACUGUACAGAUAGCAUCUGAGUAUCUUCUCUCACUCAAAAACAUUACACACACACACACACACACCCACAGAGACAGACAUACAGCCAGACAAGAUUUCUUAUAGAGUUACUCUUUUUAGGGAUACAAUUUGUAGUCAGUCAGUCCCAAUGCACACUUUUGAAUGCACAACCCAAAAGCUUAGGUCUUAACCUCUCUCAACUAUCGCCCAACAGCAUUUCGGGCAAGACUUUCCCCAAAAGAACGCUGGAAACUAAAGGAAGGAUGUGUACAGAGUGUAGGGGGGAAAGAGGAGCCUUUAAAGACAUACCGCCAGGGGCUCAAUUUGAUUUGUGUGGAAACAAAAAAGUGGCUUCCCUUUUUCUAUUUGCGCAAUUUGAAUUGAGAACAAUGGGGUGUAUCCUGUAACUAACUCGUAUAUGCUUUAUUCUUUAGCGACACACAACACAACUAAAACAAAUGAACACAAUUAAACUUCAAUAAAUUAAUGGCGUAAUUUAGGGACACUGCAUAUUUAUAGAGCAAAUAUAAAUCAUAUCUAUGUAGUGUAUAAAUAUAUAUUCAUUGCAUAUUUUAUUCAAAACAAAAAUAAGUUAUUUAUCAAAGAUACCAAUAUAUAUUAUGUAGCCAUUAAUCAGAUCAAUAUAUAUAUCCACACACAAACACACACACACACACAUAUGUACUGAAAAUUACUACUCUUCUUUUUUUUUUUGUAUAUUUAUUAAAUUUUUUUGCAGUAGCUUCCAGUAGUCACGACGCAUUCGGAUGUCAAUUACGUUUUCAAAAUUACAGAAUUCGAAUUCUCCCACUUUUUGGCAUAGUAAACCAAUCUUUAAGUAUAAUUAACUUUAACAAAUAAUAAGUAAGAAAUAAUAAUAUAUAAUAAACGGGUAAAUCGAACCAUCCAUGGUUAGUUAGAUGAUGGCUAAAGGCACGAGCACGUUAAAGUAGGGAAAAUUCUUGCACAAGACCUGCCAAAAUGCCUCGUUGCAAGAACCCAAAACGGGAGUGCAACGAGUGCAUUUGGCCCCAUGGUUACUUGUCUAACGAGUGUAGUUUGUAGAGUUUUGGAUUUCACAAACAUAUGUAUAGUAUGGUAUACAGCGUACACACUCUCACACACACACACACACACACACACUCACACAGAGGCACAGGAGGAACACCAAUACCAAUACUAUAAUACACAUCUCAUGCGGAACGCGGUCGACUGAGAAGCAGUGCGAUUUGGGCUCCGGUUUCGUGGAGGUAACGCAGUCCAUAUGCCCAGUAAGACGUCCACCCGAAACUUGAACCACAAACCGCCGCUGAGUCGGCCGGUGUGAAGGCAUCGCGCGCGGUAGGAAUAUAUAUUUUAGAGUGUACUCGAGGAGCCACGCAAGUCAAAGUCAAAGUCAAGUCAAGUAAGGAAUAUUUAGCAAAUGACAAUCUAGAGUAUUAGCAAAAAGGAUGGAAUUAGGGAAGGAGGAGCGAUGGGAGUGUGGCUUGUAGAGUGUAGAGUGUAAAGACGUUUGCUAACCAUAGCCUAACUGGGGGUCAUCAUUUUCCGUUUAGGCAUUCUUCUAUAAGCAAAUAAAGAUGAAAUUGUAGUUGGAGGAGGUGGAGGUGGAGGUGGAGGAGUAAGAGUAGGAGCAGGAGGAGAAUAUAGUGUACAGGAUAGGAGUCAGAGGAGGAAUAGGAGGAAGGGUGAGCGCUACCUAGAUGUGUGCUAAAUACUGAAACUCUCACGAGCUGAAGGCAAAUGCCAUGCGGAAGGGGCGAUCGAUGCGUCGAUCGAUACUUUCCAAGCAGCGGUUCGAGGAGUAGAACUACUGGGUCCAAGCCAAAACUAAGAAUAUAUUUUCGUGCAUUUUGUAGAGUUGAAAUACAAAAAAAACAAAACAAAACACAACACAAGCCACGAGACAACAGCAAACACAACUCAAGACAAACACAGACACACACAGAUACAAGACACCAAUAAUGGAGUGGAAUUUAAACUGCAUGACGUGUAUAUAACAGCUAUAUAGGGAAGCUAUAUAUAUAUAUAUAGAUUAUAUGUAUACAUAUAUAUUUUUUUCUAUUCAUAUAAGUGAAAUUUUUGAACAAACGAAUAAGAAGAAUAAUGGAGAAAGAGAACACAUGAAACGCAAGUCUUAUGAAAAAACCCUAGCAAGUAAGGCAACCGAAAAGCGAUCAAAGUAACGAUCAAAUU